AUGUCGCCGCCCGGCACGGCAAUGCUUGUGGAUGCGCCCCUUCAACAGACCCAUUCGCCGGCCGGGCCUCGAAGUGUCCAGUCGACCGGUUCCGAGUCAGUCGACUCCGAGUCGCCAACACUGCCGCAUCUCUGCCGAUCGGCUGCCGGGUCGACCGGUACCUCCGCCAACCCGGCCGGCGGUGUUGCCGGCGCCACGAUGCGUCGCUCGGCGAGCCAUCCCGCCCCCGUCAGCCUCCAUCUCACACCGCAGCACCAACAUCCCACGCCUCCACCACCCGCCUCUCCACAUCCACACCCGCAUCAACACCAACACCAGCAUCAGCGACAGACGCAACCGCAUCAC